UGUUCUAUGUGGGAAAAUUUAUUUCUACAUAAAUUAGAUAAGUUUAAUGGAUAUGUUUCGACAUUAGAAGAGGCUCUAGACGUUAUAAAACACUUUGAAAUCACCACAACAUCGAAAUUUGCAUUGUGCAAGCAAUCGGAGAAGUUUGGAUGCACUGAAGAUCUGACGGCAAAGAAUCAUCGUGUUGUUUGGUCAGACACCCAGGAUGUUGCUGGGACAAGACUGGUGUUUGAUGGGUGCCCCUACAUGGUGUUAGGGAAAAGAAGACUUGAAUGCCAAAAUGGCCCCAACAGGCACAAAAAACGCAAAGAGAAACAAGAGGCAGAGAAGGUGUUAAAAACGUUUCCUCGUUCUCAGUAUAUAACUCACUUUGAGCUUCAUAGAAAUAUUCUCGGAAUUGUUGCAUUUAACAAUAUGUUUUACUUUGUUAGAACUAUAUAUACAGUCAAACAUCGUUAUCUCGAUGUUGAAGGGACUGGACCAACAUGCUCGAGAUAUCGGUAGCUUAAGAUAAACAACAGUUUCCUGAUAAAAAUUAUCCCA